AUGUCCCGCCCCUCCUCCGUCUCCACCACCCACCUCCCAAUCGCCCCCACCAUUCCUCCCGCCCUCCACCAGCUCGCAAACCCUGCCCCCGCCCUCAUCGACGCACAGCUACCAGGCUAUCUCCUGCCCCCCGUCCUCCACCUCCUGCGGCAGUCCUCAACGCACGUCGUCAGGAAGCGACGGGCGCAGGAGGAGGAACUCCGGAGCGAAGGGCUGCUACCGCCCCGAACGCAGAUCGAGGAUGAAGAGACGGUGAUUGAGGAGGAGCUGGCAAAGCGGAUUGAACGGAUAGGGCUCAUGGCUGGGGGCCUUAUUGCUGAAAAGCUUACGUUGGCAAGACCGCCUCUGGCAAGUCAUUUGGAUAUCAUCAAGUUUGUGUGCAAGGAGCUCUUUCUCUAUGUCUACUCGAAACAGAUCGACAAUCUGCGGACAAACCAUCGAGGGGUGUACGUCUUGCAAUCCCAUUCUUUCCCCCCGCUCGCUGGGCUGUCGAGCUACCGAGGUGCAGCGGCCGACAUGGAGACUGCUAAGACGCAUUUGCUCUUCCCACAAGCGCUCUUGCAGGGUGCAUUGACCAGGCUCGGCAUGCAUUCCGUCGUCACUGCCGAAUCCUCUGGCCUCCCUCAAUGUACAUUCCAGAUCAGGACGACGAAAGCGACAGCUACGACGCCUUCUGUUGCAGGGACACCUAAUCCCUCGGCAGGGCUGACAGCUCGAGGUCAUCCGGGGGCGGUGUCGACAGACGGGCCGGCGAGUGUGGCGAUGAGCACUGGAGGGAGCGCGAGUACCGGGCUGGGUAUUGGUGGGAAUUAG